CCUCCAAAAAAAACAAAAAACAAAAACAAACAAGAAGAAGAAGACGACGACGAAGAAGAAGAAAAAGUAGCGCCAUUUCAGUGUCCAUUCAUUUGUGAGAAACUCAUCGUCCUAACACACACAGGAUAUACAGAGUUCAUCAUGGUGAAAAUUUUUAUUGGCAACCUUGCCUCGGAUACUAGUGCCAAGGAGCUGCGACAACUCUUCGAAAAGUAUGGCAAAGUCUCUGAAUGUGACAUCGUGAAAAACUUUGGUUUUGUACACAUGAACAACCUGUCAGAGGCAGAGGAGGCCAUCAGAAACCUCCACCAGACUGAGUUAAACGGCUGGCGCAUAAAUGUGGAAAUGAGCAAAGGCAGGCCCAAAUCCACUGCCAAACUUCACAUCAGCAACCUCGGUGAAGGAGUCACAAGUGAACAUCUUCGGGCCAAGUUUGAGGAGUUUGGCCCGGUGGUUGAGUGUGACAUUGUAAGAAACUAUGCCUUUGUUCACAUGGAGAAAAUGGAGGAUGCCAUGGAGGCCAUCAAUAAGCUGGAUAACACAGCCUUUAAAGGCAAGCUGAUCAACGUACGUCUGUCCACCAGUCGACUGCGCACUACCCCAGGAAUGGGAGAUCAUGCUGGCUGCUUUGUCUGUGGGAAACACGGUCAUUGGUCAAAAGACUGUCAAGUCGGUUGGGACGGUAGCUACGGUGAUGGCACAAGAAAUCGCAACAUCUGGGGGCCCUCACAUGGCAUGGCCUCACCUCCAACAGCUGAUUACUCUGUGUAUAGUCGAGCUAGUUAUGCCGGUGGGUUGCCGCCGCCACCACUUCCUCCUCCUCCUCGCAGGAUUAGUGCCUACACUUCUGAGUUGGGGGGUCGGUAUGCGAGCCAAACUGCAGGCUUAUACGCAGGCAGGUCAAUUGUUUAUAAUCGUGACCGUCUCUACAGCAGUGCUGAUUAUUAUGAAAAGUACAGAGCUCAGCCUUAUGGCUCAAGCUAUUUCGAAGAGCGUCGUUUGUCCUAUCUCCCACCUCCCCCUUCCUCUCUUCCCAAGCUCUCAUCCAGUGUAGAUCCAUAUGACCGCCGGCCACUGCCUCCAUCAGUCGCUGCAUACUACGCACGAGAACGCAGCCCAAUCAGACGAGUACCAGUCGUCUCACCAGCCUACAGUUAUGAACGAAAACGGCUGUCACCUGUAUCUGAUUCCACAAGCUCCUACGCUGUUUUACGGCCCAAAGAACAUUAUACACAACGUUAUUCGCCUUACUAAAGGCAUCCAAGGUCUCAUAUCUGGUUUAGAAAUACAAUGCCAGCUACCUGCAGAAGAGUCAUUCUUUGUCACAUUCACCAAGAGAGCAUUCACAAAUGAAGGAUGAGGAGAUGCAGUUUGACAGGUUUUCAACUUUGUUUUAGUUUAUCUUUUGUGUUUUUUCUUCAGUACAUAGGACAGAUUGUUAAAAUCUCAAAAUGUUAUUUGCUUUGAAUAAUCAUAAAAAUGUUCUGAAUCAAUGUUUUCUCUUGGUUUUUUAUAAUCAAAAUGUACCAUAUUUCACUGGUUGCCUGCGAUGCAACACUUAUUCUUUUACUCACUUAUUGGCAUGUUCUGAGUUAAUAACAUCAAUUUUUAAAUACUUUUUAAAUUUUAAUUGAGAUAUGAGCCAUUUGGCUUGCUAGCAUCCAAAGCAAGUCUUACUCUGCACACACAUUGGAGAACCUCAAAGUGACCCACUGUUUACGAAUGAAAAAACUACAACCAACAGCUGACACUGAACAAGGCGACAUAAAACCUCAGUAUCUAAAAUAAAUUCCUUACACACAUUCCAGACUUAUUUUUUGUGAUUUGAAUUAUCACAAAAUUAUGUGAUUUUGUAAUAUGGACAUUUUCAUAACAUUUGAAGUGUCUUUAAUUUAAAGUCAUAGUUUAAAUCGAUGGUGUGGUACCAAAAGAGCUGCAGUGGCCACUGAACCUCCACCUGUGUAACAUAGUUUUUCUCAUCUUUGCUUUCAGGGGGUAUUCUGUUAUGUGCUAAUUUGUAGCAUGUAAUUAUCUACCUGUGUAAAUAAAUACAUUUGAGAUAUUUUUCAGGGUUUAUGUUGUAUAACUGACAAUGUACUGAAUUGUUUUUUUUCUUUUGUUAAUGGUGCCUUUGUUUUGCAUAGAUAGGUUUGAAGUUUGUAAUAUCGUGCUAGCUAUGAAGUCAAAAGCACACCGUUUCUUUCCCUCUUAAAUAAAGUCAGUUAUUUUGGUUA